ACUUCCGGGUUUCCAUGCCGUUAUGCAAGGGUGAAAUAAAUGGCAGUGAGUCCUCUGUGGACUUAACGUGGUUAUAACACAGUAUAAUCUAACGUGACUUGUUUUCAGACAGUCAGACAGAACAAAUCUUAUUGUACAGCUGUGGCAUAUGUAGUUGCAUAUAUCAGCUGUACGGGUUGUUACUUUGUGGUUAUUUCAGUUCAAAAGACCUCACAACUUUACGAUAUUGCAUGACAACAGUGGAGUGAUUGAACCUCAGAUCUGCUGACACAGUCCUCCCUUUCUUUCUUGCAGCAGAGAAGUGAGACCUUAACUGAGGAUGCACCCAGACCUGUCUCCUCACUUACACACGGAUGAGUGCAAUGAAUUAAUCACACAGCUCAAACAGUGUCACAAAGAGCAUAAUGUCCUACGCUUCUUUGGUACUUGUAAUGACUUGGAUCGUGCCAUGCGCCAGUGUCUUAAAAAAGAGUACCAGGCCAGGAGGGAGCGAAGCAAAGCUCAUGCAGCUGAGAUGCAGGAGAGGCUGAAGACAGGACCCAAGGAGAAUGACUAUUGAGGAGGGGUGAGCCGGCAUAGAGCCAAAGCUGAGGCCAUCCACUCUGUGAUGUCCGCUGCAUGCAGGGUCUCUAUGACCUGGCCGUUAGGAAGAGACUCACAUAGCUCACUGAGCUCAUGGUUUCUGGACUAACAAACAAAUAUGAGGGAGUGUGUGUGUGUGUGUGCGUUUGAUGAUGUGAGCUUGGGUGUUGGAUGGAGAGAGAGCCUUCCUGCAGUUUCCCUGCUCAAUGGAGCUUGCCAGAAGCAACAGGACAUUUUGAAUGUGGCACUGUUCCCUCUUGUCCAGGAUUAUACUUGACCUAAGCUGUAUCUGGAUGCAUAUUUAAAGCUAUUUUAAAUGAACAUUCUGUUGUUGACUCAGUGUACUAUCAAUCGGGGAUGUUUAUCCUACUUGAGAUGCAGUGUGAUGACUUUGGGCAGUUCAUUAAAAAAAUAAAAUAAACUUUUUUUGUG